AUGGCGCAUCGCCUGUUCAUCAUCUUAAGCUUCCUCUUGUCGGCUGCGAGUGCUGCCGUACUUGCGAAUUACCCUGUCAAUGCGCAAUUACCUCCUGUGGCCCGAAUAUCGAAGCCUUUUCAUUUCGUCUUCUCACAAAGCACCUUUAGUGGAAGCGGUCCCCAGACGGUAUACUCGCUCUCCAACGCUCCGUCAUGGCUCUCAGUGGAUAAUACAUCCCGUACCUUGUCUGGAACUCCUCAGAAGGAAGAUGCCGGGUCACCGGAGUUCGACCUUAUAGCCACUGAUCCAUCUGGGUCCGCUAGUAUGCAAGUAACUCUUGUUGUGACUGGCGACGACGGACCGAAAGUCGGCAAACCCAUUGUACCGCAACUCCAAGCCAUAGGGCCGACAUCUUCUCCAUCUAACGUCAUCGUACAUUCUAGCGCCUCCUUUUCGAUCUCUUUUGACCAAGAGACUUUUUCCAACACACGCCCCUCGACAGUAUACUACGGAACUUCAUACCCUGACAAUGCUCCUUUACCCUCAUGGAUUCGAUUCGACCAGUCAAACCUCCGCUUUUAUGGUACAGCACCGAACAUUGGGCCCCAAACUUUCAGUCUCAACUUAGUUGCUUCCGAUGUAACCGGAUUCAGCGCAGCUACCAUAAGUUUUGAGUUGACAGUCAGUCCUCACAUCCUCUCAUUCAAACAAAGCGCUCAAACGAUGUUUGUCACCGGUGUGAAGGCGCUUAAAAGUCCCCAGUUCCUUAACUCACUCACUUUGGACGGGAAUAUACCAACGAGUGAUGUCUUAACGGAGACCGUGAUUGAUGCUCCAGACUGGUUGGAAGUGGACAAGCAAACCUUAUCGUUCAAAGGGGACCCUCCAGCGGAUGGAAAGAACAGCAAUGUGACAAUAUCAGUAAAGGAUAUUUACCAGAACGUGGCCAAACUUGUCGUUUCGUUGCAAUAUUCUGAAUUCUUUCAGGAAGGAUUCCGAGACGAAUGUGAUGCCAUCAUUGGGCAAUAUUUCUUUUUUACAUUCAAUAGCACCGCUCUCACCGAUGAAUCUGCUGAGCUGGAUGUCGAUCUAGAUAAACAGCUAUCCUGGCUUCAUUACAAUCGUGACAACAAAACUCUCUAUGGAGAAGUGCCAUCGGAUCUCCUCCCAAACACUUACAAAGUGCGGUUGACAGCCCAUAAAGGGACCGCAGAGGGCCACAAAACAUUGAUGAUCAACACCGUAACUGAGGACGACUUGAAUGAAGAUGGUGCGUCCUCAGCGGAUUCUAAUGGUUACCAUGCAGGCAAAGCUGGCAUUAUAGUGAUGGCGAUCUUCAUACCACUUGGAUGCACAGGGAUUGCUCUGCUCCUGCUCUAUUGCCGCCGCCGCAGGCAACGAUGGACCAAAGAUGAAGGCGGACCAGGGUUUGAAGAGAAAUCACUCGCCCCAAACCCUUUUGGUCCGGGAUUGUCGCACUGCCAGCCGUUUGAGAAGACCACACCGGGAAACCCACCAGCCAUUCGCACAGCUCCAUUGCCUGAAUCAAAGCCUCCGAAAUUGGAGCUAGAGCCAUGGUGGAACGUUAGCAGCGAGAUUAGAAAUGGAGAUCCACCAACAGCCUCAGGUAAAGAAAAUACUUUUUCGAGCUCGACGAUCGAUUGGGACUUCGUUCCACUACGGGGACCUGAAGGGGAUGAGAACAAACCUCCUGAAGAGCCUGCUCCCAAGACUCACCGGCUCUCUUUACAGAGUAGCCCGCCGGUGCGUAGAGGUACCUCAAAUCGUUCCGGCAGACGAGAGCCACUUAGGCAGAUUCAGCCACGAAGGUCUACGAAACGCAACUCGGCAGUAUCGUCCAGAUCCAAGAGGUGGUCCAAGCGGUCGAGUGGUAUCUCUUCUAUCUCUGCGGGUCUCCCAGUAAGGCUUAGCGGCGCAGGCCACGGAGCGGGUGGUUUUGGGCCUCCAGGGCAUGGGUUCGUGAAGCUUCCCUGGCAAAAUACGCAGACAUCCUUGCAAAGUGAGGAGAGCAGCCUAGGAAAUCUAGCUCCGCUGUUCCCUCGCCCCCCUGCCCGCACGGGGGACAGUCAAGACCCCACGAAGAGGAUGAGUGUGCACACAGUGGACCGUGAUAGCUCGACACUUUCUGAUUCCGAUUCGUUAGAGGCAUUUGUUCAAGGCCGCGCAAGAAGCCGUCACUCAUCCAAUCCCUUCAUUGCUGGCCCGAUAAGCCGUCGAGUUUCUUCCAAGACCCGUGCCCUGCAACGAGCACGAAGCAAUGCUAGCCGCGCGGAUACUGUCAAUACAGCCAUGGACAAUGAUGACUAUCAACGUCGAGAGCGCCCCUGGUCCCUGGCAAUGUCAGGUUCCGUGUAUACUGAUGACUACCGUCAUUCCGCAUAUCUCAGCUCCUUGUCGGAAGAGUCACCGCGCACGCAGCCACUAAAUGCUCUACCAAGUCAAUCAAGCCUUGCACAACACUACUCUAAGAUCAUCUCACCACUUCCCCGUUACUUCAGCGAGCUGAGUUUGAACAAUAUCAGACACGAUGAAACUGGAGGAGCAUAUGUUCCGGCCGAUCAGCAGAAUCUCUCAGGUACUCGUCGUUGGUCUCGAUCAAGCCCGUCGUUACAGAAUUGGCGCCGGUUUCAAAAAAGCCCUUCAGCGUCGUCUUUCCCGUACGACGCGAGAACUCGCCGCGUGAGUUUAAUGCAAACGGCUGACCAAGACUCGAACUCUCAGCGCGGCUUCCAGAGGGAACCAACAGGAAGCGUGUUGAGCGAUAUAGCCUUCGUUUAGUACUAAAUGGUCUGUUGUUUCUUAUCAGGUUAAGAUACCAUUUCGUUCGGUUUAGGAGAGUUUCAGUGUUCAUAUUGUGUAACUAGUAUAAUUGCAACC